AUGUCCGCCUCAUCGCCCUUGCCGUCGUUUUCCUCGCCUGCGUCAUCGCGUCUUCCCACCGUCAGACGCGCCAGUUUUAGUGGUCAAUUGGCCUUUCUCGUGCAUUCGCAGGAAACAGUCGCAAACCACAUGCCACCGGAUGUCGACAACAAAGCUCUUGCUCGCCAGAAGAGAAGACGUACCAGGUAUGCUCUCAUUCCUUCCAAGUUCUGCCCUUCCAUCUCGACCGUGUCGACCCAUGUUCAACGCGUUGGUUCGUGCGCAACCUACCAUCGGGAGCUACUUCGGCCUACCCCGCGGGCACGACUCUCCAUCACCCCAUCAGUGCUGACCACGACAUCUUGCAGCAAGGAAGACGAAGACGUGUUGAAGUCGGAAUAUCUCAAGAACCCGAAGCCAGACAAGGCGGCACGACUAGAAAUUGUCCGCAAAGUCGCGCUUGGCGAGAAGGAAGUCCAGAUUUGGUUUCAAAAUAAACGCCAAAACGACCGCCGUCGCUCACGGCCUCUCGAACCAUCUUCCACGGCGUCGCUGAUGUCUUCUUCUUCCACCAUGUCGGACCCGCCCACCGAGGACGAGACGGUAGCCAUUGCGCGCAAUAUCGAUAACGCGCCGGGGCCGAAAGAGGCGGGCGAGUGCCCGAGGUCUGACCCACCCGAGCAGCCCGCAACGCCAGAACUCACUUCCGACGAAACGAUCCCAGAGCCACGCACCAUAGACACUGCCUUUUCCGCCAACGAACCAGAGACCGCCAAUGACGUCGCCGCAGAGCCAUCUACCGAAGCCCAAAAUGCGGAAAAUGCCUCCGCUGAACUAAGCAACUCGCAGCAGGCUGCACCAUCCUCACAGGGCGCCGCGCAACAACGCACAUCAUGGAUUUCCAACCGUCGCAGCGCGUCGUUCGUCCGCUAUCUCGAAGAUUACACGCCCGAAGUCAUCACUUUUCCGAAUCCCCCUCCGAAGCCAUCUGUAUCACCCGACCAUGCAACCAAGACCCCUUCCCGGCCGCUGAAGCGCAAGCACUCUUUCGUACGAAUAGCGACUAAUGAGGACGGUACUGCACGCAUCGUCACUGAUCUCGACAAGACCCCGUCACCGCCCAAGUCGAAGAAGACACCCUCUUCCUUCUCCCGUGCUGCUGCUGGCCUGCGACGAAGCUACAGUGCAGCUGGCUUGAACGAUCGGCUAGCCGCCGCCGCCCGAGGCGAGCCAAGCCCCAAGGUACCAAGGACGACAUCGAAUAUCGGAAGGAGCAGGGAUUCGCGCGCAUGGGAGUUCUGGUGCGAUCCCGAGAGCCGGUCAACAACCAGCCUGACAACGCGUGCCGAGCAAGAGGAGAGCGGCAGUGCAGCUGACGCGAUCGGUAUACUACGAGCGAACCGAAGGAUAUUAGCACAGAACCAGGCCCGCCAAAACAGCAGCCCGCUGAUGGCACGCCACAGUUCACACAAAGUACAAAGCAGUCCACUCAAGAAGGCCCGCGGUUCCAUGCAACGCGCAUCCACCAUCAACGGCCGCUUCUCCAACAACGACUACACCGACUACAAGAAGGGCGGUGAAAGCACCGAGUCGGACGAAUUCCCGCAGACCGAGAGUGACAAGGAGAACUGGGAACCUGACGCGCCGAAAUCUGUACGGAGAGACCGCCAAGUCGCUGCUACGCCCCCUGCUUCACGAGCAGCUCGCAAGAUACUGGGAGAGAACACAGAUCUGAUGUCGCAGACGUCAAGUCUCGGUGCGAUGUUGGCCAAGGACAAGCGGAAAGGCGGAAAGGGUGUUGUCGACCCCGAGCAAGACGAUGAGCUACGGCAGUUCAUGCACGGUGACGACGCGAGUGGUCGCUCGAGCAUCAACUCGGCAGAGGAGGCCGGCUGUGUAGAAGGCCUGCUCAAGCUGAGCCAGGGUCAGUGGAGAUGAUCAUCGAACCACUGCAUACAUUCUUAACGUAUUUUGACGAUGGGUUGGCGCAUUGGUUCCUGGCUCUUCAUCUUUAUCGUUGCAUUCUAGCGCUACGGCGUUUGUAUUUGGUGUGGUUUAGAUUAGGGAAGGCCUGCAAUAUGGCUAGAGGUGUUAGUGUCGGGUUAUCUAGUGUUGCAUGUCAACGCUUUAGCAUCAUUCAGUCAAGCUUCCGCAAGGUUAAGCGACUUGUUUCAAUAUAAGUCAUAACAUUCUUCA